AAUUUCCUUGAAGAAAGGUCUUCUUACAUUUUCUCUUAAACCCACUUAUUUUCAAGAUAAUGACUUAAUUAAUGGGGAUUUAAUUUCUUCACUAGUUUUUUCUAACUUACCUACAGAUUCCCACGUGGUUAUCGACAAGACCCCACUUCCCUCUCCCUUUCAGACUCAGUCGCGAGUCAUCCGGUGCAGCACUAGAAGAAAUAAAUAAAAGUGAAUUCAUUGCAUUCUCCCAUUUUCAAUAACUCGUGAAUGAAGAAUUGACACGAGUAAUUGGAUAACAGGAUCAUCAUCAUCCCCAGGACAUCCCACCAACAAUGUCAUCCCUAGGAGCAAGCAUGUUUGCGAGAGCAACGUUUCUCCCAACAUUAUUCUACAACAUGAUGAUGGAAAAAGUCACGUCGAGACGGUGGUACGACAGAAUUGAUGAGACUGUUAUACUCGGUGCUCUUCCCUUCAGAAGCAUGACGAAAAAGUUGAUUACAGAAGAAAAUAUUGGUGCAGUGGUUUCCAUGAACGAGGAUUAUGAAUUGAAAUUAUUUUCGAAUACUGGAGAGGAAUGGUCAAAGCAUGGAGUACAAUUCCUCCAGCUAUCAACCACCGACAUCUUCGAGACCCCGUGUCAAGACAAGCUCCAGAAAGGCGUGAAUUUCAUAAAUCAGUUCCAAGGAAACCUUUCUCAUGUAAAUGACACAGAUAAGAGAUUACCAGGCACAGUCUACGUGCAUUGCAAGGCAGGGAGGACGAGGAGUGCGACUCUAGUUGGGUGUUACCUCAUGAAAAAACACGGAUGGACCCCUUCAGAGGCUGUAGACUACAUGAAGAGCAAAAGGGAACAUAUCCUUCUCCACACAGCCCAGUGGAGAGCCCUAAGACUGUACCAUCAAAAUCACGUUGAAAAUCAAAGAGAAAAAAUUUAGAAAAUUAUAGUUAAUUAUUUUUUAUACAUAUUGACAUUGAAAAGACGUGUUCCCAUGUGUUUUGUGGAUGAAAAACGAUUUAAUGAAUCUAGUUUAUUCACAAAUUGAA